AAACCCCCCCCCCCCCUCCUCCCUCUAAAAACCAAAGACAAAAAUCGCAGCGGCAGCAGCGGCAGCUUCACACCAAAUUCAUUACUCCCAACCCCCCUCCCAUUUCCUCGACCCAAUCCUUAUCCACUCUGUAUAAAUAACAAGCUAUAUAUAAUAUUAACAAACCCAGAACCCUAUCAAAACCCCCCAAAAAAAAAAUUUAAAAGUUAAAAAAAAGGCAGCAACUUUGACAUCAACAAAGAUGAUGCGUCGGUCAUCGGGGAUGAUGGGAUCGCGGAUGCUGCGGUCAGUGGGGAGAUCAGUUGCCGCCGGCGUGAAGGAGAAGUUGUCGACGGCGAAGGGCGCCAAGUCCUCGCGCGUCGUCUCGGUCUCGUCUCCUCCUGCGUCGCCGACGACGAUAAAAAGGGGUUCUUUGAGUUGUUUUUGUGGCGAGGACGAUGAGUGGGAAACGGUGGGAGGUGAUGAGGGGUUAGGGUUUGGGGAGAGGGUUGUUUUUGGGCCGGCGCCGACCGAGGAGGAGGCCGAGGAGGCCGUUGAUACUAUUCAGCAGAUAUUUCUUCCACUUACAUUCUCGGAUGUUGAAGUUGAAUACUCUUCUUCUGUGGAUGAGGAUGUAGUUGAUAAAGUGGUGACCUCAACAGAUGUGAUACAAAGCAACUGGUCGAUCGAAUCAGAAUCAGAUUGGAUCGAGCCAGCAUUGGAUCUUUAUAGCUCAAAUUCAUCUCAACGUUAUGGACACGAGCACAUUCUCGAUGCAGUUCAUAUGUUCCAAAUAAAUCCACCCUUUAAGAGAAUGGUUAAGGCAUUGGCAUCUGAUCCAGCUGUCUGGGACGCGGUCAUGAAGAAUGAUGUGGUUCAAGAACUCAAGAAAUCUUUUUAUGAAGCUGAAAGCAGUAGCCAACUACAGUCACCAGAUGGAAAUGAUGACACCCCUGCAGGAAUACUGAGGUGGAUUAUGGACAGUACGAAAGGGAAGUUAACUGAAUUCUUUGAGAAGAUCUCAAAGCUUGUGAAUGAGAUAUUUCAUUCUCCGGCAAAGGAGGAGUCAGAGCCCUUUGAUGAAUUUGUGAGAUCUUCAUUUAUGCUUUCUGUUGUCAUCUUUAUUGUUGUAGUGAUGACCCGCAUUGAGAAAGCUUAGUAGCAAAAAUUCGCCGACAUGAAACUUUUUAGUUUUUGUGCAGUUAGGUUUUACAUCUUUUUUUGAUGACUAUGAUGGUAAAUGUGGUGUUGCUAUGCAAGAAUAAUUUGAAUAUUUUUGUAUAUAUACCAAGAAACAGGACUAUUGCUUUCUUUUA